GCUGCGCAUGCGUAUGCGCGGGUUUGCUCCACGUGUACCCAAGCAAGUUUUUCCUGUGCAAAGUCUGACAGUUUUAGUGGCAGAACCAAUCCGUCUUGGACUUAAAACUUGAAACGUUUUGGUUUGGUUUGUGGAGAGAAGUGAAUUGAACAGGAUGCCUCCAACUAUACACCAGAGCUCAGGAGCGUCAGUGUGUGUCCAUGAUGAGCUCCGGAGCCUCCUGCAGCAGAGGAUUCUGGUUCUGGACGGUGGAAUGGGAACCAUGAUCCAGCAGAGGAACCUUCAGGAAGAAGAUUUCAGAGGUGAAGAGUUUAAAGAUCACCCCAACAGUCUGAAAGGAAACAACGACAUGCUGAGCAUCACACGACCUGACGUCAUCUACAGCAUUCACAAGGAGUAUCUGCUGGCUGGGGCCGACAUCAUUGAGACCAACACCUUCAGCAGCACCAGCAUCGCCCAGGGGGAUUAUGGGAUGCAGCACACGGCGUAUCGCAUGAACAAAGCGUCCGCUGAGCUCGCCAGGAAAGCCGCUGAUGACGUCACAGCCCAGACAGGUUGUAAAAGGUUCGUUGCAGGAGCUGUCGGCCCCACCAAUAGAACACUGUCCGUCUCGCCGUCAGUGGAAAGACCCGACUUCAGGAACGUCUCGUUCGACGAGUUGGUGGAGUCGUACACGGAGCAGGUUCGAGGUUUGCUGGACGGCGGGGCUGAUGUUCUUCUGGUGGAGACCAUCUUUGACACGGCUAACGCGAAGGCGGCUUUAUUUGCCAUCGAUCAGCUGUUUGAAGACUCGUAUGAACCUCGACCCAUAUUUGUCUCUGGCACUGUAGUUGAUAAAAGCGGUCGUACGCUGUCGGGACAGACGGGUGAAGCGUUUGUCAUCAGCGUGUCUCACUCUCAGCCGCUGUGCAUCGGGUUGAACUGUGCUCUGGGUGCGGCUGACAUGAGACCGUUCAUUGAAGCCAUAGGAAAGAGCACUGGAGCUUUUGUCAUCUGUUACCCAAACGCAGGGCUUCCCAACACGUUUGGAGAUUAUGAUGAGACUCCUGAUGUCACAGCCUCGCACAUCAAAGAGUUUGCUGCGGACGGGCUGGUGAAUGUUGUUGGCGGCUGCUGUGGAACGACACCUGAUCACAUCCGGGCGAUUGCUGAAAGGGUGCGUCACAUCAAACCCAGAGUUCCUGCUAAAGAGGUUUAUAAUGAGUUCAUGCUGCUGUCAGGGUUGGAGCCGUUCCGGAUCGGGCCGUACACAAACUUUGUUAACAUUGGUGAGCGCUGUAAUGUUGCUGGAUCACGAAAGUUUGCCAAACUCAUCAUGUCUGGAAAUUAUGAGGAAGCUCUGAGCAUCGCUAAGACUCAGGUGGAGAUGGGCGCUCAGGUUCUGGACAUUAACAUGGAUGAAGGGAUGCUGGACGGCGUUUCUGCCAUGACUCGCUUCUGUAACCUCAUCGCCUCUGAGCCGGAUAUCGCUAAGGUGCCCCUAUGUAUCGACUCAUCAAACUUUGCCGUCUUAGAGGCGGGGCUUAAGUGUUGCCAGGGGAAAUGCAUCGUCAACAGCAUCAGUCUGAAAGAGGGCGAGGACGAUUUCCUGAGGCGGGCCAGACGAAUCCGUCGCUAUGGUGCUGCUGUGGUCGUCAUGGCGUUUGAUGAGGAGGGGCAGGCAACAGAAAUCGAUCAGAAGGUGAAGAUCUGUUCCCGGGCGUUUCACCUCCUCAUCAACAAGGUGGGCUUUAACCCCAAUGACAUCAUAUUUGACCCCAACAUCUUGACCAUCGGCACAGGAAUGGAGGAGCACAACAUAUACGCCAUCAACUUCAUGAGAGCCACCAGAAUCAUAAAGGAGAGUCUGCCGGGUGCCCGGGUCAGUGGAGGUCUCUCUAACCUCUCCUUCGCCUUCAGAGGGAUGGAGGUCAUCAGAGAGGCCAUGCACGGAGUCUUUCUGUAUCACGCUAUCAAGGAUGGCAUGGACAUGGGCAUCGUAAACGCCGGCAGUCUGCCCGUGUAUGAUGACAUUGAUAAAGAACUUCUGCUGUUGUGCGAGAAUCUGAUCUGGAACCGUGAGCCGGACGCCACUGAGAAACUCCUGCUGUACGCUCAGAAUAAUGCUAAAGGAGGAAAGAAAGUGAUUCAGACGGACGAGUGGCGAGAGAGCAGUGUGGAGGAGAGACUGGAGUACGCGCUCAUAAAGGGUAUAGAGAAGUUUGUGCUGGACGACACCGAGGAGGCGCGCUCUCAGAUGGACCUUUAUCCACGACCGCUGCACGUCAUCGAGGGUCCGCUCAUGAACGGGAUGAAGACCGUUGGCGAUCUGUUCGGAGUGGGCAAGAUGUUUUUACCUCAGGUGAUAAAAUCGGCUCGUGUCAUGAAGAAAGCCGUUGGCCAUCUCAUUCCCUUCAUGGAGAAAGAAAGAGAGGAGAUGAGGUCCAACGGUGAAUGUAGUGAAGAUGUGGACCCUUAUCAGGGCACGAUACUGUUGGCCACAGUGAAGGGAGAUGUUCAUGAUAUCGGCAAAAACAUUGUUGGUGUGGUGCUGGGAUGCAAUAACUUCAGGGUGAUUGAUUUAGGAGUCAUGAUUCCAUGUGACAGAAUCCUGCGGGAGGCCGUUCAGAAUAAAGCAGAUAUAAUCGGUCUGUCUGGUCUCAUCACUCCUUCUCUGGAUGAAAUGAUUCAUGUUGCCAAGGAAAUGGAGCGCCUGGGAUUGAAGAUUCCUCUGCUGAUUGGUGGAGCCACAACAUCAAAGACGCACACUGCUGUUAAAAUCGCUCCUCGCUACAGCGCACCAGUCAUUCAUGUUCUUGAUGCGUCCCGCAGUGUUGUGGUGUGUUCUCAGCUGUUGGAUGAAGGAGUUUGUGAGGAGUACUUUGAGGAGAUCAGAGAGGAGUACGAUGAUGUCAGACAGGAUCACUAUGACUCUUUGAAGGACCGACGCUUUUUAUCUUUGAGUCAGGCCAGAGAGAAACUUCUGAGUAUCGACUGGCUCUCUCAGUCAGCACCAGUCCGGCCGCGGUUUCUGGGCACACGCGUGUUUGAAUCGUACGACCUGCGGAAGCUGCUGGACUUCAUCGACUGGAAACCCUUCUUUGACGUGUGGCAGCUGAGGGGCAAAUAUCCCAACCGUGGAUACCCUAAAAUAUUCAAAGACAAAACUGUGGGAGAAGAAGCUCGUCGUGUGUACGAUGACGCUCUGAAGCUGUUACACCCUUUGAUUGACAGCGGGGGUCUUCAGGGCCGCGGGCUGGUGGGUUUCUGGCCCGCUCGGAGCUCCGGCGAUGACAUCCACCUGUACUCUGAUGAUGUCACACACUCCGUCGCAACCUUCUACGGCCUCAGACAGCAGGCGGAGAAGGACUCGGCGAGCUCAGAGCCGUAUUUCUGCCUGUCGGAUUUCGUGGCUCCUGAGGGCAGCGGCGUGCAGGAUUAUGUGGGUGUGUUCGCCGUGGCCGUGUUCGGAGCAGAAGAGCUCAGUCAGAGGUUUGAACGGCAGGGAGACGAUUACAGCAGCAUCAUGGUGAAAGCUCUGGCCGACCGACUGGCUGAGGCGUUUGCGGAGGAGCUGCACGCUCGUGUGCGCAGGGAUCUGUGGGGUUACAGCGACGAGGAGGUUCUGCCCGCGUCUGACCUGCACAGACUGCGGUACGAUGGGAUUCGUCCGGCUGCGGGUUACCCCAGCCAACCAGAUCACACUGAGAAACUCACCAUGUGGAAACUGGCAGACAUACAGAAGCAAACAGGGAUUGAUUUGACUGAAUCUCUGGCCAUGACCCCUGCCGCAUCAGUGUCAGGACUGUAUUUCUCCAAUCCCAAAUCAUGUUACUUCUCUGUGGGCAAAAUCACGAAAGAGCAGGUGGAGGAUUACGCGUGUCGGAAACAGAUGGACGUGUCAGAGGCGGAGAGAUGGUUGGGUCCGAUCCUCGGCUACGAUACAGAUUAAAUCACCGCAGUUCAGACGGACUGAAACCUGUUCAAUCUCACUUCUCUCAAGUCUCUCGCAGAUGAGACUUCAGAGGAAUGUGACACACAUUCUCAUCUUCUCAUUGUGGAAUCUCGUGUCGUUUUGACGGUUUGCUUCAGAUUGGGUAUUUGGCUCUAAGGGUCCAAACUUUCAACUUUACACUACAGACAUGUCUGUUCAAAUGACUUUUUAAAUUACAUUUCAGUUUUUAAUUGUAUAAAAGACGAGCACUUGUAGUUUUGUUUUAGGUGGAUUUUAUAAGUAAAUGGGAAGAAAAUGAGAGAGAAAAGAACAAAUGUGAUGAUUUCUCUUACAGGCUUGUGUCAUAUAAACUGAUAAUAUGCUACUGAUAGUUUCAGUAUUAUUUUAAUUCUGUACGUGUUGCACAUUGAAUCGUUGCUCAUUUUAAAGAACAAUAAAUGUCUAACAGUAAGUUCAUAGUCAUCAGGGAUACGUCGUCGCUUGCGUUAACUGUGUAUCUUAUACAUUUGAAUCGGUUAUAUCCACUCAAAGACAUCAAUUCCAUUUUUGUUUUGAUUUCAAACUCUUGUGGCCUUUUACGCACAAUAUGCAGUACACAAUCUGUAAUGGUUUAACUGUGGUAAAAACUGAGUGUUUGCUGUUUCUCUGUUCAGAUGAACCCUGAAAGAUGAGUAUUAUCAGAUUAAACCUCUGUG